AUGCGGACGCGCAAAGCGGUCAUUGUCGGUGCAGGGCCCGUAGGCUGCCUGGCUGCAAUUUGUCUAGCAAAACGUGGAUGGCACGUUGAACUUUACGAAGGGCGGCCGGCUGAACAUCUCUGCUUCUCAGACCUGCGCACAGCGACUUCAAAGCAGACCACUCGUCUUAGAUCGAUAAACCUCGCUAUUUCUCACCGUGGGCUGGCUGCCAUACAGGUUGUUGACCCCCUUGUCGCCGAGCGUUUCUUGCAAACCGUCAUUCCCAUGAAAGGACGCAUGAUACAUCACGAAGAUUGCACCCAGGUCAGCCAAUUAUAUGAUAGAGAUGGACAGUGCAUAAACUCAAUUGACCGCGCGCUCUUGAACGAAAGCCUCUUGGAACAUGCUGCGUCGCUAGAGAACACACAGAUUUUCUUCCAGCACAAAGUGCAAGCCGUGGACUUUGAUCGGAAAAGUAUGACUGUUAUAGAUACAGCCGCUGGCUCUGAGCGGCCUGUGGAAUUCGAUUUCUGCAUCGGAGCAGAUGGCAGCUAUUCGGUAAUCCGGAGACAAUUGAUGAGGGUGCUUAGGCAUGUGCAUCCCGAUUGUCAAGACUGUGUGCUGACUGGCUCUCCCUGUUCCUGUUAUCGGAUUAGAAUGGAUUUCCAGCAAGAGUACCUGAAGGAUGAAUACAUCGAGCUGAGAAUGCCAGCAGGCCGUGACAGCGAGGGCAAUCCCAUCUUUCUGCUUGAUCCGAGCCAUCUUCAUAUUUGGCCUCGCCACUCGUUUAUGUUCAUCGCUCUUCCAAACAAAGACAAAUCGUUUACAUGCACAUUAUUCGCACCUAUCUCAGUCUUGGAUCGUCUCGUUGACCGCCAAACGUUCCUGUCUUGGUUCAAAGAAUAUUUCCCAGACGCGCUGAAGCUUAUCGGAGAAGACAACCUUUGCAGCGAUUGGUCCAAGAAUCCCAGAAGCCCAUUAAUCUGCACCAAGUCCAAUCCUUAUCACUAUCUGGACAGAGCUAUUCUCCUUGGUGAUGCGGCGCAUUCGAUGGUUCCAUUCUACGGUCAAGGUUUGAACUGUGGGCUGGAAGAUGUGCGAGUGCUCGAGACCCUGCUCGAGGCCGGCCAAGUCUCUGCCAUGGUCCCGGAGGGUGACUCGAUUGACGUCGCGCUAGCUGGGACACUUUCGAAAUAUUCGGAGACCCGACACGCAGAUCUGAUUGCCAUAUGUGAUCUGGCGAUGGCCAAUUAUGCGGAAAUGCGACACUCUGUGACGACCCCCGGCUACAUAUUCCGGAAAGCGUUGGAUUCGAUUCUUUAUUCCGUGACUGUUCGCAAGAUGGUGGCUCUAUCGUCUUUGGUUCCGCUGCUUUCGCAAGUGCCAUUUGCUUCCGGGAUUUCCGGAUGGCUCCCUUUGUACACGAUGGUCACCUUUCGGCCCGAGAUAAGCUACGCAACUGCCAAGCGACGAGCAGAGCGGCAAGCGCGAAUCUUGACGGUGCUGGGCUGGACGGGGACUGCAGUCGGCCUCGGUCUGAUGGCUGGCUUGAUCAGUAGGGGACACUUGGGCUUCUCACGCCAUGUCCGUUUGCAUAGAUGAUUUUAUCCCGUGAACACUUCGAUUCAUCUAUUGUGGGUUGGAAGCUCCUGUUCGGGGAAAUAUUAUGCA